AUGUAUUCUAUGUUGUCUCAGACAAACGAAUCGUUUGUUCUGAGCAACGCACAUAAUUCCGAGGUAAACUCUGUCGGCUCUUCGUUUGUUUACGCGAGGGGAACUAUCAAACCGAAGGGUUCCUCUCAUGCCUCGGCGAUUUCCAACGGACCUGAUCUUAAGCCCUAUUCCAAUUCAACCAGCGAGACGGACGUCAGAAAGGAAAAUGAGCAGUCCUUACGACACGCCGUUGAACGUAGAAUUUACGACUGGAAAAGUGAAAGUGGACAGACCUUUGGUGGAUGGACAAAAGAGAUUGAACGACCGGCAGUCUGGGCAACAAAUAUCGAACGGUCCGAGUGCAAUGGUACCAAACGUGAUGCCGGAGCCAUGAAAAACGGUACCAAUGUGGUUCGGCCUGGCCGUUUUGUUGUAAUCUCGAAUUCGAGUAGACGCUCUUCAAACGGGAGCAAUGUCAGCAUCAACAGCGAACAGUCAAAGGGCAGCAUGAAUGUCAGCAUGAUGUGCAUGAAUGUGACGCGUCCCUCGGACAACCAACACACCCUCGACAACCCGUUCAGCCAGCCCCGAGAGGCCAUCUCGCACCGACGCGCUGUCUCGCAACAGAACAUCUACCGUUGCCGUAGCAACAACUUCGCCUACGACUAUGGCUACGGCUACCGGGAGCCGGAGGGACGAUGGAGCAAUGAGGUGAUGGGGACAGAGUACAAGUCCAUCAGCGGACAGCAUCUGGACGCAGAUUUGAGGUGCCGAGAUGGCGCUCAGAUGCCGGAUGGACUCAGACCCAAAUGCCAACAUCUCGAACCCUUUUGUAUGCAGUCAACCAGAAAGGUUGGUCUUCCGCCAAUACUUUGCGCAUGCCCGGCGAAUGCAAAGAAGUGA